CUCCAAGCGCUCUCCAUUCUGUACCGAAAAACCACCAAACCCCAAAAAAUACAAAAAAAAUCUCCUUGUUUUCAGUUUCUCACCUUAAUUUCCAUCUUUAUCUCGCCGGCGAUUAAAACCUUGCCGGAGAAAUGAAUAGUCCGGCAACCAUAUUUUCAUCUUCUACGACCAAUGUCCGUGCUCCCGAUUAUCCCUGCCAAGUCUUCUGCGAAAAAACCAUUAGCUGAAAGCCAUAAAUUUUGUCUUGCAUAUGGAAGGCACCGGAUAUUGAUUACACAGAAAUUUUUUGUAUGGGUAUAAGAUUAAAUUUUUUUCAAGGAUUUUGAUUGUGUUGUGUUUCAACUUCGAGGAUUUUUUUUUUAGCUGAACAGAGGAGGUAAAAUGUGCGUGAAUUUGAUUCUGUAACCUAGGGCAUUGAUUUUUUUUUUUUUUUAUUUGUCUGUUUCAUGGAUUUUGUAAAUUGUACUGGAAGAAUCAGGACCAGAGGGAUUCAUUGAUUAGUCACUGUUAAGUCUGUGAGUCUGUGCGACCCAAGUAUUUGAGCGAGCUUUGAAUAUGGAGCAGAACUGACAAGCGCAAGCAGCGUUUAAAACACAGCAAUCAGUCCAUUUUAACUUCUACCCUUCAAGCUCUAGCCUUAGGUCUUUUCUCUCUCUCCCUAUCUCUAUCGUCUUCUUUACUUAUGCCUUUCCCUAUGAAGAUCCAACCAAUAGAUAUUGACUGUCAGACGACGGUUCCGGCUCGAGCUGAACCGGCGAAGCCGGUGUUGAAAUCGCGUCUAAAGAGGUUAUUUGACCGGCAGUUCCCUAGCGUGUUGAGAAUUUCAUCGGUGGAAAAGCCAAGUGUCGGUGAAGUACAGAGUGGGACAAAGGACGGAGGAGCUGCGGGGACUGACUUCGAGCCGAGCUCAGUAUGUUUGGCCAAAAUGGUACAGAGUUACAUCGAGGAGAGCAACGAGAAGCCAUUUCGCGGCCGCCACCGAUGCAAUUGCUUUAACGGGAAUAAUAAAGACAGCUCCGAUGAUGAAUUUGAUGUAUUUGGUGGCGGUGGUUUUGGCGAAUCGAUCAGCAACGGAUCGUCUUUCGAUGCCUCCGACAUGCUUAAGAGUUUGAUUCCCUGUGCCAGUGCUGCCGAGAGAAACCUCUUAGCUGAUACUGCGAUGAUCGUUGACAAGAACAAGAAUUACAAGCAAAAGGACGAUUUGAGAAUGAUCGUGACUGAUGGAUUAAAAUCUCUCGGCUACGAUUCAUCCAUUUGCAAAUCCAAAUGGGAUAAGUCCCCCUCUCACCCUGCCGGUGAAUAUGAAUACGUAGAUGUGAUCAUUGAAGGAGAGAGACUUUUGAUCGAUAUCGACUUCAGAUCGGAGUUUGAAAUAGCUCGAUCGACUGGGGCCUACAAGGCAAUUUUGCAAUCUUUACCGUAUAUCUUCGUCGGCAAAUCGGAUCGGAUUGGCCAGAUUGUGUCAAUCAUAUCGGAGGCAGCUAAACAGAGCCUGAAGAAGAAAGGCAUGCACUUUCCUCCUUGGAGAAGAGCAGAGUACAUGCGUGCUAAAUGGCUCUCUCCUUUCACCAGACAAAAUGAAACCAUUUCAAACGCCAAAUCCGAAAGCGAGAAAGACGACUGUUCGAUUGCGACGGAGAGUGACGAUCGUGGAGAACUUGAGUUAAUUUUUGGCGAGGAAGAUACGCCUCCGCCUUCGCCGCCGCCUGUUGAUUCAUCAUCGCCGAAAGAAAUUACCGGCGUAGAAGAUAAAUUAAAAGUUGACUCGGCGACGUGGCAGCCGCCGGCAGUAAAACCGAAGAGUGUAGAUAGACGAGCCAAGAUGGUGACUGGAUUAGCUUCUCUGCUCAAAGAGAAACCAUAAAAAUUUUGGAUUUUUCACUUUUUUUUUUUUAAUUUUUAAAAUUUUCCAGAUAUAAAAAAAUAUGAAAAAUUAUAUAUAAGUGAAAUGAAAUAUAUAUAAUCGGAUAGUAGUACAACCUCUGUUUUCCCUUUUGUUUUUCCCCCAAUUACUUGAAAGGGUCUGUAAUAGCCAGAGAGGUAGUAGAGAAUCUAUCAAUGUAAUAAUAAUAAUAAUUAUUAUUGUAUAAAUAGAAAAAAAAUAGCAAUUACCUAUUAAA